UUCAUAUACGGAACAGACAAUUGUAUUGCUCCCCAAAUUGGAAAUGGUCGAGGUUCAUAGAUGCCACUCCCUGGAAUCUUUGUUCGAUUGCGGAUCCCUUGAUUCAAAUAUGGGAAAGAAAAUUGUAUUGCUCCCCAAAUUAGAAGAAGUGUUAGUGAGUGGAGCAGCAAGGCUGAGACACAUGGUGAUGAGUGACUCCCAUACGGUUUUGGGUUUUCCUAGUCUAGAAACGGUCAAUGUUCUAAAGUGCUCCGAGCUAAGAUAUCUCUUCCCCAAUUAUACGGCCACAACUCUAGAGAAACUCGAUGCCAUAGCAAUUGUCGAAUGUGAACAAAUGAAGGAAGCGGUUCCCAAGGGAGAAGGUGGUCUAUCCAAGGCAGAAGUGAUGAGUUUCCCUUCCUUAACUGGUUUAUAUAUUUGGCGGUGCCCUAACUUUAGAGCAUUCAUUUGGAGUCCUACAAGUGUUGAGAGGCAGCUAGGCGAGAUGAUCAAAGAAAAUGAUGAAUCACUCCAACCGUUGUUCAAUGAUAUGGUUAGAUUUCCCAAUUUAGAAAAGCUAUACAUUAGAGGCGUCCAGUGCAAAGAGUUAUGGAACAAUCAAAUUUCUGAUGAUUCUUUUUGCAAAUUGGAAUCUCUUAUAUUGAAGGAUUGUGACAAUCUCCAUCAUAUUGCCCUAUCCCAUAUGUGGAAGAGGCUGCAGGACUGUCUGGAAACCUUAGAAGUGAAAUCAUGCUGUUUAAUUGAGAUCAUAUACGAAAGUGAUGGGACAGUGGCGAAAAGCAGUAAUUUGAGGACACUGGAUUUGCGUGAUUUAGACAACUUGCGGCACAUUUGGCGGUACGACAAUCUACCAAACAUCCCAUUCCCAAAUUUGAGAUACAUAAAGGUUGUAAGGUGCUCCCGUUUGGAUAUGCUUUUCGCCACCUUCACGGCGAAAUUUCUCGGGCAAAUCGAAAAGCUGGUGGUAGGGUCAUGUGAAGAUAUGGAACUAAUUGUUGACCAUGAAGAAUGUGAAGAAGUGACUAGUAACACAAUCACCUUCUUUGGGUUAACUACUCUUAGACUUUACAAUUUGCCGAAAUUCAAGAGCUUCUUACCAAAGAAAUAUUCUAUGGAAUUCCCAUCCUUGGAUGACUCGAGUAGAAUAGAGCUGGACCAAGGCAACCGAAGUGCGGAGGAAAGUGAGGGGGAAACUGAGCGGUUAGAUCGCGAAAUUGAGAAGGCAAACUGCGAAAGUGAGGUGGAAAGUGAGGGGCAAAGUGAGGGAGAAUAAUUAGUUUUAUGAAGUGAGCCACAAAAGUUUGUGAAUGUUGCAACGGAUGGUGUCUGGCAAAACAAAAUGGACGUGACUGGUAAUGUGAGAUUUUGUUUUUUUCUUCCGUAUUCUCUUCUACACUUCCCUCGAAGUGCGUGAUUGUUUUCUUGGCUAUUCAUUUAUUUGGUUUGUGUCCUGGGCUACAGUGACGAGUGACUAGUCAUUGGACCAUAAAUUGUGGGGUUAUGUUGUAUAAAUCCUAAUCAAGUGCAUUAUCGUGUUUAUAAAUUUUCCCGUGAUAUUAGAAAAUGUAUGUGCUAUUAUAUUAAGCAAUCGAAGUUGUGAUGAAUUACCUCA